GAUUGACGUGUCGAGUCUUUAUCAAGAGGGAUUCAGCGUCGUUAAUCUCUAUGCGUGUAAAGCUGUCAGGGAGAUUUUGAAAAGAACGUCAAUUGAAGAUUACGUGAUACGAAACAUAAAGGACAAGAAUCACGUUAGAGUGUAUAAUUAAAUACGGUGAAAUCUUGACAAUUUAUUAAAUUAGCCAGAUAUUAUUGAAUUUUAAACAUGCCAGCGGUCCCAGGAAGCGUUUAUGGCCAGAAUCAACAACCCUCUUGUUUCGAUCGCAUGAAAACUGGGUUUGUCAUCGGUUUCUGCGUGGGAAUGGCUAGUGGUGCAUUGUUUGGAGGAUUUUCCUCCUUGAGAUACGGACUUCGCGGUCGCGAGUUGAUCAAUAAUGUUGGUAAAGUCAUGAUUCAAGGCGGGGGUACAUUUGGAACGUUCAUGGCGAUCGGAACCGGUAUACGAUGUUAGAUUGUUAAGCAUGUCUUUUGUCGUAAUAUAUCAAACAAAACCAAAAUAAAUGGAUGAACUGACA